AUGGCGGCUCGAGCUGCCGAGAAGAUGUAUGCGGAUCGGAAGGUUCGGGAUUCGAAGUUUGCUAUUGGUGAUCAGAUCUCGAUAUUGGAGCUUGGGGAUACUGUUCUUGGAGUCAAAUUGAAGAAAUUCUUGGAGCUUCUGCCUGAAUAUCCUAGGGUAGCAUGGAAGCGUAUGAUGUAUAAAAAUGCUGCUAGACCUAAAGUUGUAUUUACUAUGUGGCUGCAGCAUCAAGGGAAACUACUUACUACUGGCAGAUUAGAAAAAUGGGGAAUUACAGUGGAUCCAAUUUGUGCUCUAUGUCAAGCUCAUUUGGAAUCUAGAGAUCACUUAUUUGUGGAAUGCACCUUUGCUAGGCAAUUGUGGAGCACACUAUUGACAUGGCUACAGAGACAGCCCAGAUUUUCAAAAUUGUCUAUGCUGAAUGUGGUUAUGCCAUCUGGAGAGAGAAACAAAAGAAUAUUUGAGCAAAAAUCUAGAGACUGGGAGCCUAUUGCCAGGGAAGUAGCAUACAUGUGUAACGCCAGAGCAUCCUAUGGACUUCAAUCCUUACUGCACAUCUUCUUCUUUUAG